AUGAAGAAAUUUGGCGCUUCACAAUUAAAGCGACUUUUCAGCAAAAGGUCAACAACGGUGCCUUUAAGCACGUCCGCCUCCGAGAACAGCAUUGCAUCCACGCAACCUGACGAUUCGGUAUCCCCCGCAUGCCCCGGUCAAUACACGCACCAAGUGGAGAAGAUCAAGAUUGGAGAAAACCAUGGAGUGGCCUUAACAGUGUCAUCCGUGCAGGAAAAGACGCAGGAGACGCCAGCGCAGAGAUGUACUGCAAACCCCGGAGAAACGACCAUUGCGGCGAAGUCCAUCUACUCAAGAGCUGUUGCACAUCGGAGUGUCGAACAGCAAGCAAUUCUCGGACGUGAUCAAUCAAUGAGAGAUCUUUUUGAGAGUCUACAGGGCCCAAUGGACGCGUACAGCAAGACUCGAUUGAAUCGAGUCAUUGAAACUGUUCAACCUUUCCUGAAGAAUGCUCAAGAUCUUGUCAAAUUUGGCGCUCUCCUGGCCAGUGUCGAGCCGGCGACCAGCACAGCAAUAUCAAUCAUCAAUCUUUUCACUACAACCUGUGUGGUCAUAUGCGAGGCUUCGACCGAGGUAUUUGAUAACUUCAAAGAUGUCGUGAGCCAAUUACGCUGGCUCAUGAGAUGUGAAAGUGCAUUGGAGCAGAAAUCCGAUGUGGACAUGGAAGAAGCACUUCUGGACGUCUAUGGAGCGCUCCUCGAUAUCUUUUUCGAGAUCCACAGCAUCUUUCUUAAAGUUCGCAACUCUAAACAUGAAGCUCCCGAGGCCCAUCCCGAUGAUCAAUCUACGGACAUCCAGAGACGGAAGAGUGUCUUAGUCCGUGUGCUCUUGGAACACAUAAAAGGCAGCCUGGCGCCAAUGCACAAGGCCUUUGCAGAGAAGUGCGACAACCUCAUCAACCUUGUCAUCGUGAACACGAAUGAAGUAAGUCAUCGGAGUCAUGCCAUUUUGAAAAAUCUGGAGAAGAAUUUGGCGAAGGCAGAAUUUCGUCCUGUGCAGGAGUUCUUGGGCGAAGUUUUCCUCAAACAAAGAGGCAAACAAAUGGACCUCGCAAAUCGCGAGGAUUCUGCGUGCGAGUGGAUAUUCCUAGAUCAAAACUUCCACACUUGGGCCACAGGGGUCGACAACAUCAAUGCAGGAGUGAACAGCAAGAUCAUUCAAAAACAGCAUGACGACAGCAGAGUGAAAGUGCUACACCUGAAAGGGUCUGUGGGCAGCGGUAAGAGCGUAACUACUGCCUAUGUUGCCGAUCUGCUUGCGAAGAAAUGGUCAGACAACAACAAUACCAACUCGUCUAUCAUUCUUCGACAUUUCUGCAGCGACGAUAAUGAAGCCAACAAGGAGAUCACCAUCAUCAAGUGUCUUCUCUCGCAGGUCCUGGCGCUGCAUCCAGACCUUACCCAAAUUAUCCUUGAUAAGCUGGACGAGAUCAAGAGCAGUCUCUAUUCGACCGACAGUAAGAUCGAAGCAUGGAAGAUCUUUUCCGGGGUCAUAGGCAGCCUGAAGGAUCGCAUAUACAUUGUCAUCGACGGUCUGGAUGAGUGUGAUACGAAGGCACGCGACUGUCUGAUCAAGUUUCUAGAGCACGUUUGCACAAGUACUUCCAACAUUCGCGUCUUUCUCUCCUCCAGGAAUUACGACUUGAACUCACUAGAUCUUGAGGCUUUCGUGCACAACAUACAACAAAGGAUAGAUCCCGAGAGAGAUGAGCGCGUCAUCCGGUUUCAAGUGAAUACGGAACUUGCCAAAGUUUCUAACACACUGAAGGAUUUUGCUGUAGCAGAGAUAUUGAAGCAAACCAAAGGCUGUGUUGUUUGGUCUACUCUCGCCAUUAGAUAUCUAAAGACGAAGAAGAUUGACACCGAGGUCAAGAUGAAGUCCCAUUUACAGAAGCUGCCACAAAAUUUGAGAGCUCUGUAUCACCGCCUCUUUGAAGCCGCACUGGAAACACAUGGCAGCGAAAAUCGCAUGAUCCUAUCAGAUUCUUUGGAAAUCAUGGCUGGUGCUUUACGCCCCUUGACGCCCAUGGAGCUAACGUGGGCAGUCACUUUGAAGGGGCUAGAUCGUGAAAGACGGCGCGACGAGAGCUCCGAGGAACUCAGCAAGGUAAAGGACGACUUUGAUAUUUUAAGCCUCCUCGGCUCUUUCCUGAUGUCAUCAUCGGACAUCAACUCCACGAAAGGAGUAAACCAUAUGCAAUUUGUGCAUCAAUCCCUCAAGGAGGCGAUCCUUGUAUGCGACCCGAAGAAGUGGAAUACCAAAGACACCGACAACGUCUCCGACUUUCGUUCAUUCGAUGAACUGUGCAGGAACCGUCGCAAGGCACUACAUCAGGUAUUGCUGGAUCUUUGCGUAGACGACAUCAUGCGUGAUGACAUCGAAUCCACUCCGAAUGACCAGGAGUAUUUGCUUAACCAGGAAUUCCGAGCUAUGGGUGGAUUUCAUGAUGAGGAUAAUGAUGCCGAAAUUUUGAAAGAUUUCAACGAAAAACGAGAGCGACUGGGCGACUUUUUCUCAUAUGCAUCGUGUCAUUGGUUUCUACAUCUUCAACAAGCCACUUUAUCCCAUCGGAGCAUUAAGAAACAUGAUCCCAGAGAUGCCAUUGAGUUUGAGCUUCUUCUCCAAUUGACGGGGGGCGAGUCGACCCGCGUCAGCAAUUGGGUUGAGCGUGCUGCAAUAGAACGAUCUUCUGAUCCCUGCGGAGUACCUCGAGACCCGCUUACAAUUGCAGUGUUCUAUGGUAAUUCCAUCCAUCUUGACCGAAUCAUGGAGGUCAAACGAGCCGUUGAUGCCGAGCUCGAUGCGAUUGCCGCUUGCGAAAUGGAAAUCAUCGACAAGGAGAAGAUCGCCAGCAAGAUUUGGGUCAGACUCAAGGAAGUUGGAUAUACAAGCUGUGCUCACAUCGAGAAUGCAUUGUACGAAGUAGUCGCUCGCGCUGUCGAUCGGCUGGACGUCUCGACCUUCAAGACCCUCACGCAAAAGGGGCUAGUGAGCACGCACCCUGCCGUGUUUGGUCUACUUUCCGACAGCUGGCUCAGAGUCAAGUCCACAGACAGAGAAGGAAGUUGGAUGAAGAUCUUCUUGGAUUUAUUCGAUGUCCUUGAGCAACAGACGGUGUUUUUCAUGUUGGAGAAUAAAGGCAAGGAUUCUGCAAACUCAGCAAAUCAAGAAACAUCUGGGAAGAUUUUCGAGAUCUUCGAGACAGCGGCCCACAAGGGAUGUCUUCCAAUGGUUGAAAAAGCCGUGGUGUUCAGUAAGAAAUAUUCGCCUGACCAUUGCACGCUCCCCGAACAUCCAUUGAAGAGUAUCGAGUUCCGAGGACCACGCAACUCGGGUCUACUUCUUGCCACUGUCGAGGACACGUAUGAAUUUACUUUUGGAGCCCUCGGUCGAGCUGCCUGGGACGACCACUUCCCAGUUGUAGAAUAUCUUCUGACCCUCGAUGGCAUCGAUCAUUACUUGAAGAAUCAUCGAGCUCUAGGUUCCAACAUAUUGCACUAUCUCGCUGCCCGUAUGAACUACAUCGACCCGCGGAUAACCAAGGUUCUAAUUGAAAGGUAUCCCGAGGCCGUCACCGAGCUCAACCCUGAGUCGCCAAUCCGGGACCUCGUCAACUUUGCUACGGACGGUCACAAGGCAAAGGCCUCUCUGGAACUCCUUAUUCGUAACAGUGGGCCCAGACUGAACGGCGAGGAGCCCAAUAUUGAACUUCUUUUCAUCGCGGCCAGACUCGGGAAGUCCGAGACAUGCCAAGCGUUGCUUGAUGUGGGUGGUCUGGACCCGUGGGAUAUAAUGCGAGUGUCGGAAGAACGACGGCUUUGUUUGAGAGCAAAUAUCCCUGGAGUUGCCGGUCCUGUUGAGCCGGACUUGGCAGGGAAAGUCGUCCAGACCUUGAGUCAGCUGGUACCAACACCAACCUAUACUGGUCAAGACAUACCUUGA